AUUUUUCACAACUAUUAUAUCGAAUUUGAUAGAAAAAUAUACAUGAGGGGACAUCACUUUGAGAAUACACUCCCUAUAUAUAUAUAGUGACAACUUCAGAAUGACUACGUACAUUCUAAUGUGGGCUCGUCUUGGAAACCUUGAUCAGAGGAACUGAUCAUCAGUAGUGAUCCAAAUGGCGUCGUGGCGGAGGACGGCCGAGGAGAGCUCGUGGGUGGUGGAGGUGGAGAAGGCUGUGCGCAGCGGCGGCGGCACCGACGGCGACCCGUCGGCGGAGGAGGCGGCGUGGUGGCGGCGCCACUCCAUCUACCGCGUCCCGGCGUGCAUCAAGGACCUCAACCGCCGCGCCUACCAGCCGCAGGUGGUGUCCCUCGGCCCCUUCCACCACGGCGACCCGAACCUCCUCCCCAUGGAGGACCACAAGCGCCGCGCCCUCCUCCACUUCCUCCGCCGCGCCGCCCCGCGCCGGCGGCCGCUCGCCGAGUUCGCCGCCGCCGUCGCCGACGCCGCCGAGCAGCUGGUCGGCACGUACCAGGGCCUCGCCGACGAGUGGCGGCGCGGCGAGCCUGAGAAGGAGAAGAGGGAGGCGUUCUUGGAGAUGAUGGUGACCGACGGGUGCUUCCUGCUGGAGGUGAUGAGGACGGCGGCGGGGUGGGAGGUGAGCGACUACGCCGACGACGACCCGGUGUUCAGCGCCCACGGGCUGCUCUACACCGUGCCCUACAUCCGCCGCGACAUGAUCAUGAUCGAGAACCAGCUGCCCCUCCUCGUCCUCGACAAGCUCGUCGCCGUCGAGAGCGGCAUACAACAGAACGAGGACUACAUCAACAGGUUAGUGCAUAACUUCCUGUCGCCGACGGCGUGGCCUCCGGUGACCGGCGUCGGGCUGGCGCUCCACCCGCUCGACAUCCUCCGCCGGAGCCUCCUAUUCGGCCCGGCGCCGUCUCCCCGCGCGCCGGCGCCGGAGACGGCGCCCACCGACGACAUCAUCCGGUCGGCGGAGGAGCUGUACGAGGCCGGCAUCCGGUUCCGCCGCAGCCCGACGAGCAGCCUCCUCGACAUCCGUUUCCACCGCGGCGUGCUCAGCCUCCCCGCCAUCGCCGUCGACGACACCACCGAGUACAUGCUCCUCAACCUCAUGGCGUUCGAGCGCCUCCACGCCGGCGGCUGCGGCGGCGGCGGAGGCAACGACGUGACGGCGUACGUGUUCUUCAUGGACAACAUGAUCGACUCGCCGCGCGACGUGGCGCUGCUGGCGGCGCGGCGCGUGGUGCACAACACGCUGGGGAGCGACAAGGCGGUGGCGAGGAUGUUCAGCGGGCUGUCGCGCGACGUGGUGCUGGAGCCGCGGAGCGCGCUGGACGGCGUGCACCGGGAGGUGAACGCCUACUGCCGGCGGCGGUGGCACCGGUGGCGCGCCAACCUGGUGCACACCUACUUCCGGAGCCCCUGGUCGCUCAUGUCGCUCGCCGCCGCCGUCUUCCUCCUCGUCUUGACCGUCAUGCAGACCGUCUACACCGUCCUGCCAUUCUACCAGGGUGGCAAUAAUUGAUGGCACGUAUAUAUGUCUCGCGUACGCAUUGGCCUUUGUUUGGAUUGGCUCACUUUUCACUGAGAAGAUGUUCUGUUUUGUUUUGCUUUCUGUUUGAUCGAUCGUCGAAAUAUUCAAAUCUUUGGAUUUUAUCUGGUCAAAGUUUAUUCAAAUACAUUCAAAAUAUGUUAAAUUUCAAUAGAUUUUGGUUCGAGAAGUGUCCAAAAUAAUGAAAUC